UCCAAACCGAAAACCGAAUCGAAUUUCUAGUUUGGUUCGGUUUGGAUCGGUUUUUGGUUUUUAUCCAAACUACUUUCACCCCUACAAAUAUGGGUUUAUGAAAACUUGGGACUAAUAAUCCUUAAUCCCAUUCCUACAUACCAAACACCCUGUAAGCAAGGAAUAGCUCAAAUGAUCAGAGUUUCUUCCUAAUUUUAAGCGUUGGGAUCAAUACUCAACUCCGCCUUUGUGGCUCUUAAAAAAAAAAAAAAAAACCGUCGGAGCACCGCUGUCCAAAGCUCUAAAAUCAAAACCCUGAAAUUCCCUCCCCCCGCAAAACCCAACUCACAUUCUCCAAUCUCCAUUGAAACAGAAAAAGCUUGAACAACCAUCAAUGGCGGGAUUCACUGGUUUCUCCUUCACCAACACUUCUUCAACCUCUUCCUCUUCUUCUUCCUCUCCUUCCCCAUUUUCUCUCUCCCCUUCCCCCUCUCCCUUCGCCGCUAACCCUACCUCAUCAGCCGCCCCCUCCCCUUCCCCCUUCAGCGCCUCUUCCACCCCCUCCUUCGCCGGAUUCUCCGCCUCCUCCGCCGCCGCCCCAUCACUCAGUUUCGGCGCCGCUUCUUCCUCCUCCGCUACCCCUUCAUUCGGGUUCGGAUCCUCCACUCCCGCAUUUGGGGUUGCUUCCUCUGCUACACCUUCCUCCUCCUCCUCCGCCCCAUCACUCGCUUUCGGGUCUUCCCCCACUCCUUCAUUCGGGUUCGGAUCCUCCGCUGCGGCUCCCGCCUUCUCUUUCUCUCCUGCCACCGCUUCAACCACCUCCUCCGCUUCAAUACCAUCGUCCUUGUUUGCGUCUGCUGCUUCUUCUUCGGCUGCACCGUCGUCUUUCUUUGCGUCUGCUUCUUCCUCUUCUGCUGCACCAUCUUCCCUAUUUGGGUCAGCUUCUUCUUCCUCUGCUGCUGCGCCAUCUUCUCUAUUUGGGUCAGCUUCUGCUGCACCAUCUUCUCUAUUUGGGUCGGCUUCUUCUUCAUCUGCUGCUGCACCAUCUUCUCUAUUUGGGUCUGCUUCUUCUUCAUCAGCUGCUACUUCUACAGGUGCAUUUUCAUUCUUGAAAUCGCCUACUCAAACAGCAACAGCAGCACCAACCGCAACCACAACUGCUGCAUCGCUUUCUCCAGCGUUUUCCUUUACGCCAUCGGCUUCUUCUUCUGCUGCUAGUACCAAUACAUCAUCGUCAUUGUUCAAUUUCAACAAUGCCGCCGCCGCCUCGGCUUCGAAGCCGCUCUUUGGUGCUACUGCCACCCCUACUACUCCUCCAUCUGCUGCCACUGCUGCUACUACAACACCUUCUUCUCCCUUUGCUGCUGCAACUACAACACCUGCUGCAUCAACUCAACCUGCUGCUGCUGCUGCUACAUCAACUGCCCCAUCUGCAUUCACUGGGUUUUCACUGAAUUCAUCAGCUCAACCUGCUGCUGCUGCAUCAACUGCUUCAUCUGCAGUCACUGGGUUUUCACUGAAUUCAUCAACUGUGGCGACACCAGCAGCUUCGGCUGCGGCUUCUCCAGCAGCAACUGCGUUUACUGGUUUUGGGGUCUCAUCCGGGUCUUCUUCCUUGAGCAAUGCUACUGCUUCGUUUCCGAGUUUUACUAUUCCUGCAACUAAGGCUACUACCCCAGCUUUGUCUUCUCAAUCUCAGCCUCAGCAAACUGCUUCUACUAUUACUACCAGUACUGCUGCUGCUAGCACUGCUACUGGCUUCCUGGCUACAUCUUCUGUCUCAGCGGCCAUCUCCAGCUCUACAACAACUGCUGUACAAACAUCUUCUGUUGUUGCUGUAGCCUCAAGUAGUGGAACUACCUCUGCCGUGAGUACCCCUGUAACAUCUGCUCCCAUCCCCAAGUUGCCGUCUGAGAUCACUGGAAAAACUGUUGAAGAGAUCAUCAAGGAGUGGAACUCUGAUUUACAAGACCGUACUAGAAAAUUCCAGAAGCAGGCUAAUGCAGUUGCUGAUUGGGACAAAAGAAUCUUGCAAAACCGAGAUGUACUUCUACGACUUGAGACCGAAGUAGCAAAAGUGGUUGAGACCCAAUCCAAUUUGGAAAGACAGCUGGAGUUAAUCGAGACUCAUCAACAAGAGGUUGAUAAAGCUUUGGAAAGUAUUGAAGAAGAAGCCGAGCGUAUCUACAAGGAUGAACGAAAUUUGCUUCUAGAUGGUGAAGCUGCAUCCACCAGAGAUGCAAUGUAUGAUCAGGCAGAAUCUGUUGAAAGGGAGCUAGAACACAUGACAGAGCAAAUUAAAUCAAUUAUUCAGUCCCUGAAUGCUAGUCAGGGUGGAGAACUUGAUACAACUGAAGGAAUGAGUCCAUUAGACGUGGUGGUGAGGAUCUUGAAUAAUCAAUUGAGUUCUCUGAUGUGGAUUGAUGAAAAGGCAGAAGAGUUUUCAUUUCGCAUCCAGAAUCUUGCAAGUGAAGGUUCAGCUGCUGACCGUGAGCUAGUGGCCCCAAGAUUGUGGGGUUAAAUUUUGGAGUCUUCCUAGAUAGGAGCACUUAACUUCUCAAGUUUGGUGUUCUCUUUUACUUACUAAUUGCCAGGGGUUUCCCUAGAGAAGCUUGUAAAGCGUUUGCCGUUCAGAUCACUGAGACCUGUUCAAGUCAUGCAUGACAGAGGAUUCAAUCCAGCCAAUUUGUUCUGUUAAUUAUAUAGUCUAAUCCAAUGUGGAAUGAGGUAAAUAUCGGUUAAAAUUGCAAACUUUUCAACCUUGUGCUUAAUAUUUUGUAAUCUCAUGUUCUGGACUGAAUUGGUACUCAAUCAAAUGGAGAGUGGUUACCUCAUCUUCUAGUUUUGACAAUUCUAUAUUUCUAUAUAUGGUAGGUUGACAUUUUUUGAUAAUUACUCCGUAUGUACUCGUAUUAUGUAUGAUAUCCCUUUUGCUAAGUUCCAGUUAAGUGCUAAUGUAACAGUGAAGUUCAAAAUGAAAAAUAAAUUCUCCUCUCUUUUUCCUCA